AUGCUUUUGGUUUUGUGGCUCGCUUUUCUACCGUAAGUUUUCAUUUUAUGUUCACAAUAUUAAGAUAAUCAACAACAAUAAAUUAGUUUUUCAGAAGUCCAACCGAUGCAAGCAUCAAAUGUCUCUUUUGCCUCGAUCACCGUUAUGUAAGUUUGACUUGAAAUCUAACAAUUAGAACAGAAAAAACAACUAUUUUUUGAGAACCUACCCCGCCCUUACUCCCAUUCAUAUUCAGAUUCUGAUAAGAUUCCAGUAUUUUAGAAAUUUUGGGGUAUAUUUCUAGGAAUAGUAGAAACUCCUGAAACUCAGUUUUUCAUAUCUAAUUACUAAUUCAAAAUUGCCCUGAACCUCCCCACUUAUUCACUCACAAGUCAUUUAAAUUUCAGCUCAAUUAUGUUCAACACAAUACACACGCUGAAAACAAUCGCCGAAUGGGAUAUCCAACAAACAUUAUCAAGAGUCAAUGCAAAGAUAUGAUUUUUACAUAUGUGAGUAUUUUAUUGAAAUCUUUGUUGAACCAUUUUCUUAAUCAAUGUUCAAUAUUUCAGCGUGAUUGCGAACAUUCUUGCCUCAAAGUUCACCUUGCCAAUGAAACCGAAAACGAUGGUAUUGUAACAGUUGGAUAUAUUUAUGCGUGCAGCUCAAGAAUUAUUGAAAGACCACCAAACAAUCUCGACCUCCCAGAAAACUUGGACAAAUUCAAUGGAACUUUGGAGUAUACUGAUCAAUUGGGUUAGUUAAUUAUUGUUAACAACAAACCCAAAUGAAACCGAGCCAUUUUCAGAUGAUCAUAUGUUUUUCGAAAUCACUUUUUAUCGAGAAGUCACUAAAGACAUCUAUCCAGUCUACCAAACUGCUGCGAAAAAUGACGCCAAUUUCUCACUCAAACUUAUGACUGGUCUUUUUCUCAUUGCAAUCGCUGGAGCCAUCUUUUUUGGUGUGGUGAGUUUAAUAAUUUUAUGAAAUUUCAAUUGAUUGAAACAUCAGAUGAAGCUCAAGAAAACCAUUCACAAAACCGAAUCGAUCAAUCUGCUUCAAGAUAGUGAUGAUAUGUAGAGUUCUUAUUGAACAUUCACUAACUUUUUUUGUGUAACCUUACAUUUUCACUUUAUUUUUUAAAAGUUUUUUUCCAGACUAUCUUUUUUCUGCUUUUUGUUCAACUUAUUAUUUUUCAUGAGCAAUCUUCUAUUUUCACUUAUUAUUCCGAGGUUUCUGUAACUCCCUCACAAGUUCAAUUCAAUUUACUCAUUUUUUUCAACAUUACUUUCGAAUUAUUACUUUUCACCUAUAAUCCUAGUUUUUCUCUUUUUCUAUGUUUGGAUGAGUUUUUUCUCGGUUUUUGUCUGAUUUCAAAUAAACACUUUUCUAUAUUAUUUUCUCUCAUUGUUCAGAUGAUUUUCACAUACAUUUACAGAUAAAAUACAUAGAACCAAGAAAUACAAAACCAUAUCAAAUCCCUAUCUAGUCUAAUUACUUAUCAUUCAAAAAACUCAUAGCUGCCAACACACACAUUUUUCACAAGGCAAAGAGAAAAAGAGAGAGAGAGAGCACAUAGAUUUCAGAGGGUGCAAGACAGUGAGACACUUGUUGGUCCCUGCCGCGUAUUGAAAUUUAUGGAAAAGAGUGCAUAUUUUGCUCGGAAAUUUGCAACUUUAAUAACCUAAUCAUUUUUUUUUGUUUAGAACUCAACGCAUUUUUUUGGUUAACUGGGAAAAUGAUAUAAAAUCAAAUGCUAUAUGGUAAUCAUCUUCAAAACUUCCUAUUUGCGAUCUGACCAGUGAAUGUUUUUUGAUUAUCUCGAAAAUUAGGAAAUAUUCAAUAAUUUAUUGUAUUCAUCACAGCUUCUUUCAUAUUUAUAAAGUAAAAAUAAUUAAAAUAUGAUGCAUUAAUUACCGUUCAACAAAAACAGCAGAUGUUCGCAAAAAAUCGAUAAUAAUUGCAACCUUCCCAAAAACCACGCUGUUUGUUGUGGUGAGAAAAGGUCCAUAAGAGGAGAGUGCGUUUUUCCUUUUUUGCAAAUAUAGUUCGGAAAUGUGUGCUAUGUUGCAGAGAUUUCUAAUUUUGCUUUCGGUGAUUUUUUUGAGGUAGGUUCAAAUUUUAAUUUCGUUGAAAAACAGAAAACCUUAAACUUUUUCGAAAUUUUUUUUUACUAAAUAUUAAAAAAUGAAGAAAAAAACUAUUUAAUUUUUAUACUCGAAAAAUGAUUUAUCAUUUCAAAACCCUAUAUACAGUAGCGUGCAAAAAGAUACGAACACCCUGCAAUUGUAUCGUUUCACGGGACCUAGUGGUCCAAUCGUUCUGAAAUUUUUUGGAGUGUUACUGGGGCCCCAAAAAGCUUUUUCUACAAGCGGGAUAUUGUAGUUACUAGCUGAAGAGUUCGAAGAACUCGGAUAUCAAACAUCAAUUUUUAGAAAUUCUCACAAAUUUUAAAACAUCGUUGAAAAAAUAUUUUUUUAGUCUCAAUUAUCAUCAACUUUCAUUUUUUAUGUCUUCAGGAAGAAGUUAGCUCUCGAUUCCGACCUCAACUUAAUGAUUUCAUUGCCUACAAGGCUCAUUCUGAAGGUUCUAGGAAGACCAUCCAGAGAACCUGAAAAUGCACAAAUCUGGAUUUUUGAUGAUAUUUUAGCGUUGAAAUGUGUUCAAAACACUCUAAACUAGUCAUUUGAACCAUUCUACACAAAAUUCCAAUCAAAUUCCGAAGUUUUAACUCAAUUCGCACAUCACUGCAUUUUCGAUGUUUUUCUAGAUCUUUGAUUGCACAUCAUCAACAACAUCAAAAUUGACUUUUCAUUGAUCGAACUUGUUUUUUAGAUGACUGUUCAUGUUUAUCAAGUGCCAUGAAUGUGCUAGCAGUCGUAAUUUGAGAUUGCUAGAAGCUGAAAGCUGACCUCUAUGAAAACUCUUCAUUUUCAAUUGGUUUCCUUUAUAAAAUUACCCUAUUUUGGUAGUUCGAUGUUUAUCGAUCUGCUACUGAGCCGAUGGAUUUUUUGAGUGGAAUUGAUGAACUUUUCAGUGUUUAGAACUUCUUUAAGAAUUAGUUCGAUCAAUGAAAAGUCAAUUUUGAUGUUGUUGAUGAUGUGGAAUCAAAGAUCCAGAAAAACAUCGAAAAUGCAGUGAUGUGCGAAUUGAGUCAAAACUUCGGAAUUUGAUUGAAAUUUUGUGUAGAAUGGUUCAAAUGACCAGUUUAGAGUGUUUUGAACAUAUUUCAACGAUAAAAUAUCAUCAAAAAUCCAGAUUUGUGAAUUUUCAGAUUCUCUGGAUGGUCUUCCUAGAACCUUCAGAAUGAGCCUUGUAGGCAAUGAAAUCAUUAAGUUGAGGUCGGAAUCGAGAGUUUAUGUCUUCCUGAAGACAUAAAAAAUGAAAGUUGAUGAUAAUUGAGACUAAAAAAAUAUUUUUUCAACGAUGUUUUGAAAUUUGUGAGAAUUUCUAAAAAUUGAUGUUUGAUAUCCGAGUUCUUCAAACUCUUCAGAUAGUAACUACAAUAUCCCGCUUGUAGAAAAAGCUUUUGGGGCCCCAGUAACACUCCCUAAAAAUUUCAGAACGAUUGGACCACUAGGUCCCGUGAAACGAUACAAUUGCAGGGUGUUCGUAUCUUUUUGCACGCUACUGUAUAUAUUCCAUCGAUGUGUAAUAUAUAUGUAUAUAUAUUUUGCAGGUAUGUUCAAUCGGAAAACAUUUGUAUUUUCUGCUACGAGGAUGACUUGGUGAGUUGAAAUUGCAAAAAAAAACAGAUUAUAAAUAAAACUGAUAAUUUUCAGGUUAAUAAUAUCAAAACCCUCAAACUCGAUGUUGAUCUUCAAAUUCCGCCAGAUUUUGUGGAUGUAAAAUGCAGAAACGAAGAUCAUAUACGGGUUUGUUGUAAAAAUAAAAUAAACGUGUAUAAUAAUACAUUUUUUACAGAUUCUUUGUCAAGAUGCAUGUAUGAUAGUACAACUUUUCAAAUGGCCACACACAGCAAUAAGUCAAGGUUCGUUAUAAUUUUUAUUAGGGGGAACCUUUUUACCAAAAAUGUUUGAAACUCCAAAGAUUUACAGGUGUCAUGUUCACAUGCAGUACAGAUGUCAUGAGAAAUUUCUAUGUGGCGACUAAUCAAACACAAAAUUAUUCAGAACUUCAAGAUCAAGCUAUAAAAAUAAAAGGUGAGGUUUUCAUUUGUUGUUGUCUAAUUAACAAUCAUUUUCACAGACACUAAUUAUUACUUCAAAAUAGCUCUAUUGGAUUCUCUUCCAAAUAGAACAAUCUAUGAUGACGAUACUGGCACAACAACGUGCAUACCCGAACAGGAACUUACGACAUCAAAACCCAAACCAGAAUAUGAAAGAAGCGUUGUUGUCGAUACAUUCAGAGAUUUAACUUUUCUUCUCAUAUUUGUGACCACAUUCUUAUUUUUAUUGGUGAAUGUGAGUUUUUUGUUGGAAUUUUAUAAAGUUGAAUCGGGAAUUAUGACCACGGAGUAUCGGAAAGAAAAAAAAAAACUUGAACGCCCAGUUUACUAUUUUCGGGUUACUUAGCUCAUUUCUUACAUUUAGACUUUAACAAAAUCAAAUCUAUGAGAAACUAUUUCCUACGAUUGAAUUUACAGAUACGAUCGAUCAUCCAUUAUAUCAAAAAAAUGAGAAACAGAAGUUCGGUGAGAUUAAUGCUUGAACAAAGACGUGCAUUCACUGGGAAUUCGAAACCAGAACAACAACCAAAAAUAGAAAGACAAAUAAUUCAAAUUCAACCUGUGUAA